AAGCAGUGUGUGAGGAGCGCGCACAAAAGGCGCGCACCGGGCCGGAAAGCGGUAGCACGGCCAAGGGAGGAGCGCUGAGCAUUACCGUUCUCCACUACCAAGCCAUACCAGUAUACCACUGGCUCUACCAGCUGCGCCGUCUCCUGUCGCGCGUGCUCCCGGGCCUAGCCUCUAGGACGUAGAGCCAAGCUAUAGCUAGCACGAGCUCUCGCCCGCACCACACCUUCGUUCAUCUUCCCCUCCGCUUUGCCUUUAUCUCAGAGCAGAGCACAGCCCCCCUGGCGUUGCGCAUUUGGCUCCAUUUGGGUUGCGCGCGCCUUGCAUUGCCUGCCUCCUCCUCUUUAUACACACACAUAGACAUACUCGGGUCGGGCCCUGCUCUGCUUGCUUGCCUUCCUCCCCGGAGACAUUUGUUCGUUGUUGGACGAACAACAUACGCCCCGCGCUCUAAGUGGCGCCCUGCUCUGCUGGACGAUCGGCGAAGGCACACUCUGACUCCCGAGAAUAUUUUGUUGAUUGAUUGAUUGAUCAAUGGCGGCGAAGUGUGCCUAAGCCGCUCGCUUAGCAGUUGUGUACAACCGAGCUCGACCUCUCGUCGGGCUUCUUGGCCUAAGAAGCUCCAAUAGCAGCCGCGUUUCUUUAGCUUGGCCGCCUUCUGGAUUCUGGAGAAUGGCGAGCUCGCAGGAGAAGCAGCCGACCUUUGGCGUUCUGAGGAAUGCGGCGGCGCUGCUCGACGAAAUGCAGCUCCUCGGGGAAGCACAGGGUGCCAAGAAGGUGAUCAACUCAGAGCUCUGGCACGCCUGCGCCGGGCCGCUGGUGUUCUUGCCGCAGCGGGGCAGCCUCGUCUACUACUUCCCCCAGGGGCACAGCGAGCAGGUCGCGGCGACGACGAGAAAGGUACCGAAUUCUCGCAUUCCGAACUACCCGAAUCUGCCGUCUCAGUUGCUGUGUCAAGUUCACAACAUCACUAUGCAUGCUGACAAGGAGACUGAUGAGGUUUAUGCACAGAUGACUCUUCAACCAGUAAAUUCGGAAACUGAUGUGUUCCCAAUUCCGGCUCUGGGUAGUUAUGCCAAAAGCAAGCACCCGCCAGAAUAUUUCUGCAAGAAUUUGACUGCGAGUGAUACCAGUACACAUGGUGGUUUCUCAGUGCCACGAAGAGCCGCGGAGAAGUUGUUCCCGCAACUGGAUUACUCGAUGCAACCUCCUAAUCAGGAGCUUAUCGUUCGAGACUUGCAUGAUAACAUGUGGACGUUCCGUCACAUUUAUCGUGGACAGCCAAAGAGGCAUCUUCUAACAACUGGAUGGAGUCUCUUUGUUGGGGCAAAACGGCUUAAAGCAGGGGAUUCUGUCUUAUUUAUCAGGGAUGAGAAGUCACAGCUACUAUUGGGUGUUAGGCGGGCCACCCGACAGCAAACACAAUUGUCAUCUUCAGUUCUUUCUACUGAUAGUAUGCACAUAGGAGUUCUUGCCGCAGCAGCUCAUGCAGCAUCAAGCGGUAGCUCAUUUACUAUCUACUACAACCCUAGGACGAGUCCUUCACCUUUUGUAGUUCCUCUAGCAAGGUAUAAUAAGGCCAACUAUGUCCAACAAUCGGUUGGCAUGAGAUUUGCUAUGAUGUUUGAGACAGAGGAGUCAAGCAAGCGCAGAUACACUGGAACAAUUGUGGGAGUUAGUGACUAUGAUCCCAUUCGAUGGCCAAACUCUAAAUGGCGCAACUUACAGGUUGAAUGGGACGAACAUGGUUAUGGAGAAAGACCUGAGCGAGUGAGCAUAUGGGACAUUGAAACACCAGAAAAUGCUCUAGUGUUCCCUUCAUCAUCAUUGAAUUCAAAGCGACAAUGCCUUCCUGGUUAUGGAGUGCCUGGGCUAGAGAUUGGAUCUGUAAAUAUGCCAUCACUUACAGAAAUCCCUACGGUGCUAGGAAAUCCAAGGGCAUUAGGAAAUCCCUACGGUAACUUGCAGCACAUGCCAGCCGUUGGAUCAGAAUUGGCUAUGAUGCUUCUCAGUCAGUCUGGCCAAAACCUUGGGACACCACUUAGUUGUCACCAAUCCUCCUAUUCUAGUAUUAUCCAGAAUGUUAAGCAAAAUUAUGUACCUCCUUCAACAUUUGGUGUUUCCACUGUUCCUAUAAAGCAAGAGAGCAUGCAUUCAAAUGAAGCUCAGCAGCAGUUGCAUGCUCCUAAGCUGAGGAGAGGUGAUCUGGAAAACUGUGAACUCCAGCCUGUCACUGACUCAGUUUCUGCAUCGGAGUUAAAUGUUGCAGUAAGAGAGCCAAGAAACACAGAUUCAUACCAAAGUCAAAGCAUUUCAGAGCAAAAUGGCAAGGGUGAGCCUAAAGUGAAGACUCGUAGGAGCAAGAAGGGCCUGUCUCGCAAAACCAUUUCAGAGAGUUCUGAACUUUCCUCAACACCUUCACGGGUUUGUGCUGACCAACAGCAUGGUUUUGAAGUAAAACUGGUUGCUGGUGACACUCAACAAAUUAACAGUGCUAACAAUGAAGAUUCUUCUGGUGCACUUGCUCAUGGUAACUUUGCUAGACAGCUGCAAGGCCAGCAGGUGGAACAAAAUGGAUCAUUGUCACCACCAAAGUUAGAAUCAUCAAAAUCACCUGACGGAGGGAAGUCGGUGAACUCAUUUCCAAACCAGGGGUGUUUUUCUCAGUUCUUUGAUGGUCUGGAUUGGAUGAUUCAGCCUUCCUAUUACCAAGACUCCAAUGGCAUUCAGUCAGUUAGUGCAUCAGAGAACAUUUUUAGUUCAUCUGCUAAUAUUCCUUCCACAAUAAAUGCCGAUACCAUGGAGGCUUUUCAGAACUCUUGUCUUUCAGAUUGCUUCCCGAAUUCCAUACAAGAUUUCAUCGGCAGCCCGGAUCUGAAUUCAAUAACAUUUCUGUCACCUGAUAUGCAAAAUUUGGAUGUCCAACACGACGGAAGCAACUUACCGAGCACAUCCAACUCAUAUGUACAAAUGAGCUUUUCUGAAGAUAGUGGAAAUCACAUGGAAUCUAUCCAGAGAAGCAUGAAUAACACCUCAUGCUCUCAACCACAAGCUACAGAGAGCUUUGAUUUGGGAAUGUACUCGAAGUUGCCAAGUUUAAAAGAAACUCAAGUUUUGUCUCUUCCAGAGAUCCAUAACAGUUCCAGGGGGACAUCAUCUUGCAGUAUGGAUGUAACUGACUACAGCAUUGACAGAAGUGCAAAGCCGUUGAAACCACCAGUGCGGACUUAUACAAAGGUCCAAAAACUAGGAUCGGUUGGAAGAUCUAUUGAUGUUACACGUUAUAGAGAUUACCGUGAGCUGAGAUCAGCCAUCGCAAGCAUGUUUGGACUCCAGGGGAAGCUUGAGCAUCCUGGUAGUUCAGAAUGGAAGCUUGUAUAUGUCGACUAUGAAAACGACGUCCUUCUCGUCGGCGAUGACCCAUGGGAGGAGUUCAUCAACUGUGUCCGAUGCAUCCGGAUUCUAUCACCUUCAGAAGUGCAACAGAUGAGUGAGAGUGGCAUGCAUGUCCUGAAUGACUGCAUCCAAACAGACCACUAAAAGACUACUGCUGUUCUGGAUGAGACUAUCAGUCAAAAUAAAGCAGUGCAAGAUUAAGCUAGAGUUCUAUUCUGAAUACAGUGCCUUAGUUAACUGUAGGCUGAUUUACUGACAGUGUAAUUGGUACUUGGUAGAGAUGUUCACCAGUGUCUGUACUGUGCUUCCUUGAGGGAAAAGAAAGAGAACGGCUCAUCUUUCCCUAGAGGAGCACCAAAUGCUGAAGAACACCAAGCAGCGUUUUGUGUGUUGUGAUUUCUUCCAGUGUUUGUGAUGAGCUUUUAGCCUGAUGUCUGAAUACCAAUGUAAAUGUUAGAGCUGCUGGCUUUGGUUCUACUGGUGUAAAUCUUCUUUGGCAAUGAAUGAUCCAUCUUACUCGGUACUCAAAUACAGUAAUUUCAGCCA